UUUGCAGUAAGGCUGAGCAAAAUUUGAGAUUUCUCCAAAAACCCACCUUCACCGAUGACGAGCUCAAUGGACCGCAGCCGAAGCCCCGCGAAUCCGAUUUGGCAUCCUUGUACCUGAGCACACGAUGCUAGUCGACCGCGCCGCGAUAUUGAUCAAUAACCCCGAGCCGCGCCCGCCCUAACUACCCAGGUAACCUAUCCGCCCAAUCGGUGGCUUACUUAGCCAUGGCAGCACCCCUCAAGGCCGCCGCCACGUCGGCCGGCUCCUUCGUCCCGCGCGCCGUAUUCGAAGUCUCGCCCUCGAUAACGCGGUCCUAUUUCCUAGGCCACCACGCGAGCGCGCUCUCGUCGAUGCGCAAGAUCCUAUCGAACAUCGGCCUAGUCCUCGAGUGCCGCGACAGCCGGGUGCCCCUCACAUCGACGAACCCGCUCCUCGAGACCGCGCUCGCGGGGCGCGACCGCAUCAUCGUGUACACGAAGUCCGACCUGUGCGCGCCCGCGUCGGCGAGCCGGUGGAUGGAGAAGCAGAAGCAGUUGCUCAUCAACUACCACUCCGACCGGUCGGGUAUAAUUUUCGAGGCGGACGACGGCGACGACACAUAUAGUGGGGAAAGAAGGAAUAGGAAUAGGGGAGAAGGUGCCGGUCCGGACAAUACAAAAGUCGUUUUCACGGACGAGCGCAACCCGCGCACGAUCCAACACCUGCUCAACGCUAUUAAAACCCGCGCCACAGCCACGGACUCGUUGACCGGGCUCCGCGCCCUGGUCGUCGGCAUGCCCAACGCCGGAAAGUCUACCCUCCUCAACGCCCUGCGGCGCGUCGGCCUUUCUCUGCCGAAGGCCGCGCGCACCGGCGCGCAACCGGGCAUAACGCGCAAGCUAGGGACGCCCGUGCGCGUGAUCGGAGAAGACAGCCGCGCCGGCAUCGAGCAAGGCGUUUUCGUAGUCGAUACGCCCGGAGUCUUCGUCCCGUACGUCGGGGACGCCGGGGCCAUGCUCAAGUUAUCUCUCGUAGGCUGUGUGAAGGACGGCUUGGUGCCCGUGGAAGUCGUAGCCGAUUACCUGCUCUUCAACCUUAACCUGCGCGAUCCGAGCUCGUACGCGGCGUUUUCCGCGCCGACGAACGAUAUCCAAGAGUUUCUGGACGCGGUAGCGAGGCGAACCGGGAAGUUGCAGAAGGGUGGUGUGCCGAGUCGGGAACAGGCUGCUGAGUGGGUGGUGCAGCAGUGGCGGAAGGGGGAGCUGGGUCGUUUUGGGCUGGAUGAUGUUAGCGAGGAGAGUUUGAAGGAGAAGAUGAGGAAGGAAAGAACCGGGGAAGAAGAGCAUGUUAGUUUGAACCAGGCUAGGAAGAGGGAGAAGGAGGCCAGGAAGGCGAGACAUGCUGCUAAGAGACAAGCGGCUGAGGGAGCUUGACCCCUUUCAUAUAAGUAAGCAUAAGAUGGUAAGAUACGAGCACAUAGCUGAGAGUCAAGCAAGAGAAGGCUCAUGUCUCUACUAAAUCACGAAGGAGAGGUAUGCAGACGGAUAUUGAUGCUAAUAUUGGUUAAAACAUAUUGGCAUUGUACAUUAUUGGUGUACCUAGUAUUUACACUGGUGACGCGCCAGGUGAUAUAGAUAUCGGGGUAUAUGGUAGAUACAGCGCCGCGCCGGUAAAUAUCAGAAAUCAUAACCCACUCCAAAGACGGGCGUCCUUUUCCAGAUACUGGAAUAUCUGUGCCGCUCGAAGCCCGAGAACUCCUCCAAUCAACCCAGUCGCUUUUUCGUUAGCACAGCCAAUUCUACACACGAGACCCUAUUUCGAACUUUUUGUUACUGAAUAAAGAAGAAGCAAAGGAAAGUAAAAAAACGAAAAAAAACACUCCUCUUAAUCC